ACAGUAAGAACAUGUUUUUGGGUAUAUUUUGAGUAUAUAACUUAUCUAUACAUAAAGUUACCGUGCAGUCACGAUUUCGCCUGCAUCUAUUUGUAUUUUCUUUGGCGCGCAUCGACGAGCAGUUCAUUGGGUUUUUAUUAUUGUGUUGUGAAUUGUUGUGGAGUCAAAAAUAUUGGAAGACGGUAUUACAUCAUGAAUCGACUUGUGAUCCGCGACAUUGGUGAGUUGCCGGAAGACCAAGGUCUUGAGACUGCCAUGCAUCCAAAAAGGAUGCGCAUGUGGCCAUCAAAUCGUAGACAAUCACCAACACCAUCGGUGAAACCACUACCACCAUCACCAUCGGUUGUACCACCAUCACCGUUGCUAUGUUCGGUGCCUUCGCCGACAAUCUUUGUUAAAUGCGAGGAAUUGGAGUCGGAUCAAAGCACGCUACCACCCGACUCUCCGAUACAGCAUAUGCAGCAAUUACCACCUCCUCGCCUACGGAACCUGCGAGAUGAAAUGUCUUACCUAAUCAAUUACGGAAGCGAAGAAGACUCCGACGAGAGCGACGACGACGAAGAGACAGUCGUGUUUCGUGGUAUACCAAGGAUGCUUCAGAGCACCAUGGAGACACCCUUGGACCAGGAUGAGGAUUCUGCCGAAGAGUCACCCACUGAUGACCCACUGAUGCCUAUCGCUGACCCAGUGUCUAUCGCUGACCCAGUGCCUGCUGUACCUCUAACGGCGACGGAACAGCCUUGGCGCUGGUAUGAUUUUGAUUGGAAAGAGUUUCCGGAUUCUCCAAUGCCCCCUGCAUUGAGACGGGAAACGUUUUCCCAAAGUAAUGUUGGUCCGACAAAUUCUCAUAACGACCCGUAUGACAUUUUUAUUGAUAUAUGGGAUCUUCAAAUUAUGGAGCACAUUGCCUUGGAGACGAAUAAAUAUGCUCAGCAGGUGGCAGACCAGAUGAUUAAUAACAACCUCAUGUGUCCCAGAAGCCGUAUCUCCCGGUGGAAGGACACCGAUCCCAAUGAGUUAUACUCAUAUUUUGGGAUCAUUUUGGCUAUGGGGAUUGUUAUUAAGACCCGCAUAGAUGAGUACUGGUCUUCCACCCCUGACAUAUUUUAUACUCCCGGUUUUAGCGCACACAUGUCUAUCGAUCGUUUUUUAUUAUUAAGCAAAUGUCUGCAUUUUAACGAUAACAACGACAUGUGUGCGGUAGAACUGGACAACUCCGAGGCCAAACUAUAUAAAAUACGGCCAAUACUGUCACAUUUGAACAAAAAAUUCCAAGAACUUUAUACACCAGCUCAAAAUAUUGCACUAGACGAGAGUCUUUUAAUGUGGAAAGGUUGGCUCGAAAUGAGCCAACUUAUUCCCAAUAAAGCUGCACGUAGAGGGGUGAAAACUUAUGAGAUUUGUGAAUCUCAAACCGGCUACCUAUGGCGGUUUGAGGUUCACGCUCAUAAAAAAGCCCCUCUACAACAUACAGAAGAUCCAUUGGAGGCCUUCACACCAUCCAUUGUAUUGCGACUGAUCCAAGGCCUAGAAAACAAAGGAUACACAUUGUGGAUGGACAACUUUUACCACUCCCCAAGCCUCGCUCGACGUCUUAAAUCCUUGGGGUUUGACUGUGUCGGAACCCUGCGAACCGAUCGUAAGUACGUUCCGCAGACCCUACACAGUCUCACCAAGCAAAUUAUGCGCCCAGGUCAAAUUGCUGGUCUCACCGCAGGGGACGUCGAUGUCAUGGUAUGGAGAGAUUCUAAUAGGGUGGCUAUGAUCUCUACAUACCAUGGCAACGGCCAGCGCUCAAUUGGUGGCUCCACCAAACCCAUCCUGAUAUUGGAUUACAAUAUCAUGAUGGGUGGGGUGGACAAAAAAGAUCAAUUAUUGUCCAUGUACCCAGUCGAGCGGAAACGGACCAGGGUGUGGUACAAAAAAUUUUUCAGAAGAUUGCUAAACGUGUCCGUUUUAAAUUCGUAUAUUAUAUAUCAUCAUCACUCUUCUUCUUUAAGUCAUCGUAAUUUCCGAAUCUCUCUGAUAAAAUCACUUCUUUCAAAGCAUUCCUCUCCUUCACCACUUCCGCCUGCACCAACACGGAACAUGCGCGUCGAUGUUACUCACCGAUUGGCUGAGUUCCCGAUGGGGAACCACCAACGCAAGCGGCGAGCGUGCACGGUGUGCAAGAAACAGGUGCGUACGUUCUGUGUUGGUUGCAGUAAAACUGUAUGUAUGGACCCCUGUUUCCUUUCUAUUCAUUCAAAGUUACAUAAUUUAUGUUAAAUUAGCUUUUGCCCGCGACCCACACCCUGGUUUUUACACGCCCUAGAUUUAUUUGUAUAAAUAAGUCCAUCCACAAUUGUAUCUUUUGUUGCGGGUAAGGUAUUCUUACGAAAAGUUGUCACGAUACUUUUUCUAACAUUUACGACCCUUUUUAAACCUUCGUAAUAUUUAUAUUAAUAAAGUUGUCGUGAUGAAAAUUCUUGACAAGAAAGUUGUACAUUUUUUAGAAACAUGAUUCCAUGAUAUUUUCUCGAUAGAAAAAAAAAAUUCAAAGUUUCACUGUUAUUUUUUUUAAAUCUUUGGUAUCUUCAAAAUAACAAACGUAAAGCUACGACUUUUUGGAUAUUAACUAUAAAAUAUACAACCCAUACGUGUACCGAGUUAGAAUUUUGAAAUAUGCGAUGGUUUUGAAAUAAACAAGAAAUACUUGAAAUUAGCGCGCGACCAGCCAAUCUAGCGUGAGCCACCCUGUACGUUCCUACCUCGAUCGCUGCAGUAGCCACAAGUGUACGUAUAUAUCUGUCAACUGUGCCACUAGCCACUAGCCAGUCCCACUUUGGCCGUCACACGGGGAACUUGUGUCGCUUGUCGACGAGUCGCGCAAUCGUAACAAAAAGGGUGACAACACGAUAAGACAAAAUGGGUAAUAAAGAAAAUAAAAAGAAGAAACAUAAAGGUUGGAGGAAGAAGAAUGCUUACAAUUGGAACAAAUUAAAACUUAAAAAAAUUAAAUUUUAUUACAAUUCCUUCACUAUUUCAUC